AUGCUUCACAUUUAUAUUAUUCGUCUUAAUACCAGAUCUAGGUAUCCAGUUACUUGCGACGCUCACGAUUCGGCUCAUCAGGAAAGCAUUCAAUCACAUUUGCUGUGCAUUUGUGAGUGCGAAUAUGUUGAGUCGAAGCUUAGUCUCGACAAGAACUACAGCAGCCCCGUUGCAAUAAACUUGUCAUGCUGUCGAAAAUCCACGCGAGAAGCGAUUGAUGUGGCAAUCCAGCGGCAGAGUAUGCGUGCAGAAUGA